CAUCACCAUCUUCUAAAUUUUCAAAUAUGGUUCAUUUCGAUUCCCCGUAGUGAAGCAGAACCAGACGACUUCUGCGUUGAAAUCACGCUCUACGCUGCUAGAAUAGAUCUCGGUUUGUCGAAUGGUGGCGGAAGCUUAAGGGCAAGAAUAACCCGGUCUCUGGGAAGAAAAUUUGGCAGCCAAGUGAAGGCUAAUCUCAACACUCUAGAGCAUCCAAACGGUGUUCGAGGUAAUGCGGCUUGCAUGGGCGGGACGCAUUUCAAUAUGUUGGCCAGAGCUUAUUUAGUACUCACUGAUGCUGGCGAA